CGUCUUUAACCACAAUAGAAUCAGUCAGAGAGAAGCUUGUUCUCUCUUCGAAGACACUUUAACAAGUAGGCACACGGGUCGUUCAUGUGUAAAUUAGCAACAUUCUCGUAGCAUUUACUUAUUUUUUUAAGUUUCAGUGUUUUAUUUGUGGAUUUGUGUUUUCAAGAGAAGCACGAUGCCGAGCCACCCGCUGCGCGUAGCGGUUGUGUGCUCGAGCAACCAGAACCGCAGCAUGGAAGCACACAACAUUCUCAGCAAGCGGGGCUUUGACGUGCGCUCCUUUGGGACUGGGACACAUGUUAAAUUGCCAGGGCCAGCACCAGACAAGCCCAACGUGUAUGACUUCAAAACCACUUACGAACAGAUGUACAACGACCUGGUCCGCAAGGACAAGGAACUAUACACACAGAACGGUAUCCUGCAUAUGUUGGAUCGCAACAAGCGUAUCAAGCCCAGGCCCGAACGCUUCCAGAACUGCAAAGACCAGUUUGACCUGGUCAUAACCUGUGAGGAGCGGGUUUAUGACCAAGUCUUGGAGGACCUUAACUCCCGGGAGCAGGAGACCUUUCAGCCAGUGCAUGUAAUAAAUGUGGAUAUCCAGGACAACCAUGAGGAGGCGACACUAGGAGCGUUCCUCAUCUGUGAGCUGUGCCAGUGUAUUCAGCAUACUGACGACAUGGAGAACGAGAUAGACGAGCUGCUUCAGGAGUUCGAGGACAAGAGCAGUCGGCCUUUCCUGCACACAGUGUGCUUCUACUGACCACUAACGCUGUUCAGAUCCCCCCUCAAACCUCUCAGAAACACAUACACGUUCAGAAACGAUUACAGUUUACUCAACCAGAUGCAAUGGCCACUUAAACAUGCAGUAUCGGGUGUUUAAGUAAUGGCUUUCUGUGCUGUACCGAAGGAGAAAAAAAAAAAAAAAAAGAGCCCUCCCCUACUUUACGCAGCCAUGUAGUCACCCUUAUAUCACCAAGAGGAUAUUACUGCCAUGCUGCAUGAGCUAUGGCCAUGGCUACAGUUUUACUGCUAUGUGCUGGAUACUGAUAUGAGAUCAAAGAACUCCCAUCAGUGAAUAGCACUCACGUGUGCAUGUGCUCUUAUUCACGUAUACAUAGUUUCAUGAGUGCACACGCUGACACACACACACACACACACACAAGGCUUGCCCCCCAAUCCUCCCACCCCUCACGGAUACCUUGACAGACGCCUUUUUGAAGUCAGCCACGGUUGAGCUGACAUGAGAUGAGCAUACCCCCACUGGUUUUUUUUUGUUUAGUCGGCAAUCAUCCUUUUUUAUGCCCCUUAUCCUUCAAGUCAAGGUCAACUCAGAAU